CUGUAUUGUUCUCGCCCUGCUUGUCACAAGGUGAAUGCAACAAAUAGCAGCAGUACAACUUACCCAAUUAGGAGAAUGCUUUUUUAAUGUGUAACCUUUCUCCAAAAAUUCAGGCCAUAUUUGGUGGAUAAAGAACCUUUAUUAAAGGAUGAAGGGCAGAUGUCAGCUGCAGGGCUCUUCACUUCACUUGAUUGAAGGUUUAGAGUCAAAGCAAGUCCUGACAGAUCCUGCUCUUCUUUUUGGAAUCCAACCCACCCUAGGUUGAAAAAUGGGGGAUGCUGCCAUGAGAGAGUUUGGGGCGGCGGCUCCUUACCUGAGAAAGUCAGAUAAGGAGCGUCUGGAGGCCCAGACUCGCCCAUUUGAUAUGAAGAAAGAGUGCUUCGUUCCUGACCCUGAAGUUGAGUACGUUAAAGCAACCAUCACUAGCCGCGAUGGCGACAAAGUCACUGCUGACACCGAAUUUGGAAAGACCGUCACAGUGAAGGAGUGCGAUGUGCACCCUCAGAACCCGCCAAAGUUCGAUAAAAUUGAAGACAUGGCGAUGUUCACCUUCCUCCAUGAACCAGCUGUGCUGUUUAACCUCAAAGAGCGUUACGCAGCGUGGAUGAUCUACACCUACUCUGGGUUGUUCUGUGUGACUGUCAAUCCCUACAAGUGGCUGCCAGUCUACAAUCAGGAGGUGGUCGCUGCCUACAGAGGAAAGAAGAGGAGUGAAGCUCCUCCUCAUAUCUUCUCCAUCUCUGACAAUGCCUACCAGUACAUGCUGGCAGACAGAGAAAACCAGUCAAUCCUUAUCACUGGAGAAUCUGGAGCUGGAAAGACUGUCAACACCAAGCGUGUCAUUCAGUACUUUGCCAGCAUUGCUGCUGUCCCAAGCACUGGGAAGAAAGAUCCAGCUGCAGAGAAGAAGGGAACCCUGGAGGAUCAAAUUAUCCAGGCUAACCCUGCAUUAGAGGCCUUUGGCAAUGCCAAGACCAUCAGGAAUGACAACUCCUCCAGAUUUGGGAAAUUCAUCCGUAUUCACUUUGACAACCGAGGAAAGCUGGCUUCUGCUGACAUUGAAACUUACCUUCUAGAAAAGUCUCGUGUGACCUUCCAGCUCAAAGCUGAGAGGGACUACCACAUUUUCUACCAGAUCCUGUCUCAGAUAAAGCCUGAACUUCUGGAGAUGCUGCUCAUUACCAACAACCCUUAUGACUACGCCUUCAUCUCCCAAGGAGAGACAACAGUAGCCUCUAUCAAUGAUUCUGAAGAGCUGAUGGCUACUGAUGAAGCCUUUGAUGUUCUGGGCUUCACUCAAGAAGAGAAGAACAGUAUUUACAAGCUUACUGGUGCAAUCAUGCACUAUGGCAACAUGAAGUUUAAACAGAAGCAGAGAGAAGAGCAGGCAGAGGCCGAUGGUACUGAAGAUGCUGACAAAGUUGCAUAUCUGAUGGGCCUGAACUCUGCUGACCUCAUCAAAGGUCUCUGUCACCCAAGAGUCAAAGUAGGAAAUGAGUGGGUCACCAAAGGACAGAAUGUGGCCCAGGUGAACUAUGCUAUCGGUGCGCUGUCAAAGUCAGUGUAUGAGAAGAUGUUUCUGUGGAUGGUAAUGAGAAUCAACCAGUCCCUGGACACCAAACAGCCUCGCCAGUAUUUUAUUGGGGUGCUUGACAUUGCUGGAUUUGAGAUCUUUGAUUUCAACACCUUUGAGCAGAUGUGCAUCAACUUCACCAACGAAAAACUGCAACAGUUUUUCAACCACCACAUGUUUGUACUGGAGCAGGAAGAGUACAAGAAAGAGGGCAUCGAAUGGACUUUCAUUGACUUUGGCAUGGAUCUGCAGGCCUGUAUCGACCUGAUUGAAAAGCCCAUGGGUAUCAUGUCCAUCCUUGAAGAGGAGUGCAUGUUCCCCAAAGCCAGUGAUGCCACCUUUAAAGCUAAGCUCUAUGACAACCACCUGGGAAAAUCCAGCAACUUCCAGAAGCCCAGAGUUGUCAAAGGAAAACCAGAGGCUCACUUUGCCCUGGUUCACUACGCUGGAACUGUUGAUUACAAUAUCAACAACUGGUUGGUGAAGAACAAGGAUCCUCUGAAUGAGACUGUUGUGGCAUUGUACCAAAAGUCUACUGUCAAACUGCUUGCAACUCUGUUUGCAAAUUAUGCAGGAGCUGACUCAGCUGAAUCUGGUGGGAAGGGCAAAGGUGGAACCAAGAAGAAAGGUUCUUCCUUCCAAACUGUAUCAGCUUUGCACAGGGUAAUAUCAAUGACCAACUUGAGGUCGACUCACCCUCACUUUGUACGCUGCAUCAUCCCCAACGAGACCAAGACUCCAGGGGCCAUGGAGAACCCUCUGGUGAUGCACCAGCUGCGCUGUAACGGUGUGCUGGAAGGCAUCAGGAUCUGCAGAAAGGGUUUCCCCAACAGGAUCCUCUAUGGAGAUUUCAAGCAGAGGUAUCGCAUUUUAAACCCAAGUGCUAUUCCUGAAGGACAGUUCAUCGAUAACAAAAAGGCUUCAGAGAAGCUUUUGGGCUCUUUGGAUAUAGAUCACAACCAGUACAAACUGGGUCACACCAAGGUAUUCUUCAAAGCUGGGUUGCUUGGACUGCUGGAGGAGAUGCGAGAUGACCGUUUAGCUCUAAUCAUCACGAGGAUACAAGCAAGAUCCCGAGGUGUUCUUGCAAGAAUUGAAUUUCAGAAGAUUGUUGAACGCAGGGAUGCUCUUCUUGUGAUCCAGUGGAACAUCCGUGCCUUCAUGGGGGUCAAAAAUUGGCCCUGGAUGAAGAUGUUCUUCAAGAUCAAACCUCUGCUGAAGUCAGCAGAGACUGAGAAAGAGAUGGCCAACAUGAAGGAAGAGUUUGCCAAACUGAAAGAGGCUUAUGCAAAAUCAGAAGCCCGCAGGAAAGAACUGGAAGAGAAAAUGGUCACUCUUCUCCAAGAAAAGAACGACCUGCAGCUCCAAGUUCAGGCUGAGCAAGACAAUCUAGGCGAUGCUGAAGAAAGAUGUGAGGGGCUGAUCAAGAGCAAAAUUCAGCUGGAGGCCAAAAUCAAAGAGCUGACAGAGAGACUGGAGGAUGAGGAGGAGAUGAAUGCAGAACUGACUGCUAAAAAGAGGAAGCUGGAGGACGAGUGCUCCGAGCUGAAGAAAGACAUCGAUGACUUAGAGUUAACUCUAGCUAAAGUGGAGAAGGAGAAGCAUGCCACUGAGAACAAGGUAAAAAACUUGACUGAGGAAAUGGCUGCUUUGGAUGAGAUCAUUGCCAAGCUGACCAAGGAAAAGAAAGCUUUACAGGAAGCUCAUCAGCAAACUCUGGACGACCUGCAGAGUGAGGAAGACAAAGUCAACUCUCUAACUAAGGCCAAGACUAAGCUGGAGCAGCAAGUUGAUGAUCUUGAGGGGUCUUUAGAGCAAGAAAAGAAAGUCCGUAUGGACCUUGAGCGAGCAAAGAGGAAGCUUGAAGGAGACCUCAAGUUAGCUCAAGAAAGUCUCAUGGACCUGGAAAAUGAUAAGCAGCAGCUCGAAGAGAGGCUGAAAAAGAAAGAUUUUGAAAUCAGUCAGCUGAAUGGUAAAGUUGAGGAUGAGCAGGUGAUGAGUGCCCAGCUCCAGAAAAAACUGAAGGAGUUGCAGGCUCGUAUUGAGGAGCUGGAGGAAGAGCUAGAAGCAGAGAGAGCUGCUCGAGCCAAGGUGGAGAAGCAGAGAGCUGACCUGGCCAGAGAGCUGGAGGAGAUCAGUGAGAGGUUGGAGGAGGCUGGAGGAGCCACAGCUGCCCAGAUUGAGAUGAACAAGAAGAGGGAGGCCGAGUUCAAAGGUCAUGAUGAGGAGUAA